ACCCUAUAGCCGCCAUAUUGUCUGAGGUAUUCAGCGGGAGCAACUGUUGUAGAGUAGUGAAGUGCCGUCAAAUAGUUGGUCAGUGACGUAAUUGAAUGUUUUUAUCCGAGUGUCGUCUGCUAAAAAUUUUGGAAGGGCUAUAGUUUGUUGUGAUUUUGUGUUGUGUUUUCACAAAGUGCUUACGUUAUAAAAAUCCGCUGCCAGAAAAAUAAGAAUCGUGGCGCUUACGCCAGCUUUGUGGCCAAAUAACUAUUUUGACAUCGGAGGUUUGGCCAUGCCUGUCCGCAAGCAAGAAGCCCACAGGGCUUUGGAACUGCUGGAAGAUUAUCAUUGUAAACUCAAUAAGCCACAAGACAAACAAUUGAGGAAUGCUAUUGAGCGUGUUAUUAGAAUUUUUAAAAGUAGACUUUUCCAAGCUCUUUUGGACAUCCAAGAAUUUUAUGAAAUCACACUUUUAGACGAUACAAAAAGUAUUCAACAGAAGACGGCAGAAACAUUACAGAUAGCCAGCAAAUGGGAAAACAGUCCGCCUCUUGCUGGUAUCACUCAAAACAACGAGAAAUACCGAUUUAAAGAAGAAGAUUAUAAAGAUGCUUGCGAGGUGGAUGAUUUUCCAAGAAACAUUGUUGAAAGAGCUCAGGAUACUUCUGAUUCUCCCAGAAAAAGUAACGACAGUUGGCAGACAGGUGACAAUGAACAGAUGCAACUUAAUAUUAUGAAUAUUUCAAGUCCAUUUACAAAUGGUGACGAUGAAUGGGAGUAUGAAGAAAUCACACUAGAAAGGGGUGGAGCUGGUUUAGGUUUUAGUAUAGCUGGUGGUACAGACAACCCUCAUGUGGGGGAUGAUCCUAGUAUUUACAUUACAAAGCUUAUACAAGGAGGUGCAGCAGCCGCUGAUGGACGACUACAAGUAAAUGACAUCAUUUUAAAAGUAAACGACGUAGAUCUCAUUGAAAUACCUCAUUCCAUAGCAGUUGAUGCAUUAAAACGAGCAGGAAACAUGGUUCAUUUGUUGGUGAAAAGGCAUCGAAUGAAUUCCUCUUCCGGUUUAGAAUAUAUUGAAUUAAUUAAAGGCAAUAAAGGAUUAGGUUUUAGUAUCGCGGGUGGAAUAGGCAAUCAACAUGUUCCCAGUGAUAAUGGUAUCUUUGUAACAAAAAUAAUGGAAGGAGGAGCUGCUCACACGGACGGGAGGUUAGAAGUUGGAGACAAAUUAAUUUCUGUGGGAGAAACUAAUUUAGAAAACUGCACUCACGAAGAAGCCGUUGCGACACUUAAAGCAACGACGGAUAGGGUAAUACUGACUGUUGUGAAACAGGCUGCAGGCAGUAUGUUUAGAAAUCACUCUAGAAAUCCAUCUCCUUUACCUGUGGCCAACAUUGUACACACACAAGAAAUCAUCCGGGCGAAAAGUAUAACCCCACCUCCUUUGAAUAUACCCGCAGAAUAUCCGUUAGAGUCUCCGCCUGAUGAUCAUCAACCUUUACCCAGAGCGGCUACAAUUGAAGAUUUCACAAAAGAACCACGUAAGGUAGUGUUGUCUAAAGGAUCGACAGGUCUCGGGUUCAAUAUUGUGGGAGGAGAAGAUGGAGAGGGGAUCUUCAUUUCUUUUAUCUUAGCUGGAGGACCAGCUGACCUCAGUGGUGAUGUCAGGAGAGGAGACCAAAUCAUUUCUGUGAAUGGGGAGGACCUGAGGCAUGCCACUCACGAGCAGGCGGCCGCGGCAUUGAAAGGCGCUGGACAGACGGUGACGAUGCUUGUACAGUACAGGCCGGAAGAGUAUAAUCGAUUUGAAGCAAAAAUCCAUGACUUGCGAGAGCAGAUGCUCAACAACAAUUCAGGGAGCUUAAGAACUUCCCAGAAAAGAUCUCUUUACGUGAGAGCAUUAUUUGACUAUGAUCCAUCGAAAGACAGUGGACUACCAAGCAGAGGACUUCCCUUCGGAUUUGGUGAUGUUCUUCACGUGACGAAUGCGAGUGACGACGAGUGGUGGCAGGCCAGAAAAGUCUUACCAACUGGUGAAGAGGAAGGUAUGGGCAUCAUCCCAAGUAAAAGGAGGGUAGAAAGAAGGGAAAAAGCUAGACUAAAAUCUGUCAAGUUCCAAGGAAGAAAUAGUUUCUCAGAUGGAAAAAGUACGUUAGAAAGGAAAAAGAAAAACUUUUCUUUCUCCCGUAAAUUUCCGUUCAUGAAAAGUAAAGAAAACAGUGGAGAUGACAGUGACAAUGAACUGGAUGGCUCCCCCACCAAAGAAGCCCCAAAUAUAUCUGCCAGUGAUAGUGAAGGUGGCAGCAUACGUGGCCCCGACGAACCCAUCCUUUCAUAUGAGGCUGUAACUCAGGAAAAAAUUACCUAUGCAAGGCCUGUCAUUAUACUUGGACCAUUGAAAGACAGAAUUAAUGAUGACCUGAUUUCUGAAUAUCCUGAAAAAUUUGGCAGCUGUGUUCCUCACACGACGCGUCCCAAGAGGGAUUAUGAGGUGGACGGUAGAGACUAUCACUUUGUUGCAUCCAGAGAACAAAUGGAGAGAGACAUCCAGAAUCACAUGUUCAUAGAAGCUGGUCAGUAUAAUGAGAAUCUAUACGGUACCAGCGUCGCCUCUGUCAGGGAAGUUGCCGAGAAAGCAAAGCAUUGCAUAUUGGAUGUAAGCGGGAAUGCGAUAAAACGACUGCAAGUUGCUGGCCUUCAUCCAAUUGCUAUUUUAAUUAAGCCAAAAUCAGCCGAAUCAGUCAUAGAAAUGAAUAAACGCAUCACAGAAAUGGCAGCUUUAAAGGCUUAUGAGAGAGCUUUGAAAUUGGAACAAGAAUUUGGAGAAUAUUUCACGGCUGUUGUUCAGGGUGACACGCCUGAAGAAAUCUACAACAAAGUGAAAGAGAUCAUCCAUGACCAGGGGGGUCCAACCGUAUGGAUACCAGCAAAAGAGAAACUGUGAUGCAGCACACAUUUACAUAUCUUAGAGUCUUUCAUCAUUUCACUUCAAAUGAACAUCUUUACUAAAAUUUAUCAUCCAAAUAUAUAUGCAUUAUAUGUGUCUAUGUAAAAAAAAAGAUCUUUAGCUUUUGAAGGAAAAAAAAUAACUGGCAGCUUUUCUUUAGUAGGCCUAUUAACUGCAAGGAAAAAAAAGCAACAAAAAACUGAUUAGUUCCUGUUUUUACCGUUUACAGUUCAAUUUUGCUGGCAAAAAGAGAAGGAUAAAUGUUUCAUCAUAGACUCACAACCCACCUUUCGUUGAAGAAAGCUGUGUAUAUCGACAUGACUUACGAGAACUGGGGUUUCUCUUUUAGUUUCUCAUUUGGCUUCCAUAAUUUUUAUUUGCAUUGUUUUUCAUUGUGUGAAGGGAAAAAAAGAGAACAUUGCUUGCCUAACUCCAGAGUUGAGUCCUCUAGAAAAAUCUUAUUUGCAGCAAAAUACAUAAAAAGCAUAAAUUACUAAAGUUACAUAUGUUAUAAAGAAGUUUCAUUUUGCAUAAAUUGUGUAAUCCAAACACGAGUUACGGUAAACGUACCGCAAAAACCUCAAGUGUUACAAAUGGUGUGUUUAAGUUGCUAAGUAAUAUAAAUAUUACUGAAAAUAUGUAAUAUUGAAUUCAAGUUUCAAAAAUAUGUUAGAGGACUUGAAUGGCAGUAAAUAUGCAAUAUGGAUGAGUAGAGAGUGUCCCAAAAUCUGCUCAAGUACGUUUGACUUGUCACUUUAUUUUGGAACAAAUCUGCCAAUGGAAGUAAGUUUCAUUCCCGCAAAUUUUUAAGGUAAAAAGAGUGCUUUGCGACGUCUGGACAUAGCAAAUGACUUAUCAUUCCCACGCUAUGCUGAAUCUCUUAUGUUGAACAUGUAUUUAUAAAUAUAUAUAUAUAUAUAUAAACAUAUAUUUUUAGUGAUUUGAGAUGGAGAAAAUGUUUUAUUUUAUAGAGAACUAUUUUUGGGGGGAUUUAAAAAAAAACUUCUCUCAAAAAGACAUGCUUGGUAACUUAUUUUAUCGCUACAUUUUUUUUUUUCGAAAACUAAAUGAAGAGAAUGAAUAUUUUGUGUUUUUAGCUUUUUAUUGAAUUGAUUUACUAAGUAUCUGUUUUUAAUAGAUCUAUUUUAUGUCACUUUUUAAGAACGAUUUAUAGCCAAGCUCGUUUAGAUGACAAAAUUGCAAUUUUAUCUCUAAACUUUUUGCAAAUGCAUUCCAAGGCGUUUUCAUUUUGGUCUCAUUCCAUUAUCUGAUUUUUAGUAAAAUCAUGCUGUCUUAUACUUAUUUAAAUCUUAAUAUUUGAAUGAACAUUAUACAAUCAGGAAAAAGUACAUUUUUGUGUAAAUUAUGUGUGUACUUAAAGUUAUAUGUUUUUGUGCAUGUGUAUUCCUUCAAUUGUGCCUUUUGCUUGUUUUUCUCUCUUUUUUUUCACAGAUUAUCAUUUACAAUUGAGAAAUUUAAAUUGUACUGCUCUCUAAUUGGACUUUUCGAAUGAUUAUAUCUUUUUAAUACUUGCAGUAUUAGCUUGAUUUUCAAAUCUUUUUUACUCAUUGGCCAUUUUUAAAAAUUCAUUGGUUCAUUCAGUGUUCCAUUGUUGAAAUCUAAAUUUUAUAACAUUUAAAAUAUAUUUUUGUCCUAAAUUUUUAAAUUAAGGAACAUAAAAAAAACGAAUUUAUGCUUAAAAUUGUUCCAAUGUUGUGAAGAAUAAAAAGUUUUUUGAUUAAAAAUUCUAGAAAAUUAUAAUGCCUCAUUAUUUGAUGCAUUAAUUUACAUCAAUCAGAUAUCUAAAUCUAUCCACUAUACCUAUCUAAAUUUAUCUAUUGAUCUUAAAGUAAUCAAUCUGUAGGUCUUUUAUAAAUCUCGCUGCUUAUCUUUUUGAGAUAUUAUUUAUCGAUAAUUUCUUUACAUAAAUCAUUUUACUAAUCUAUUUCAGUCAUUAGUUGCUGAAUCAUUUUAUAAUCUUUAAAAUUCUCCUCAUGAACGUAAAUGAUAAGUAACCUUUCAUAAUGAGCAUAAAUGAUAAGUGAAAUUUUCAUUAUGAACAUAAAUGAAUAAUAACGUUUCAGUACUGCAUGAUUUUCAGUUUAAUUAUUAAUACAGAUUAUUCUUACAUAUUGUAAAAAAUAAAAACUGGAGCUAGUGCAUCUUGUAUAAAUUUAAUAUUAUUAAUGAAUCAUGAACAUCAAAAAAAAUUUCUGAGAUUAGCAAAAGUGAUUCAAUUUGUUUUAUUCAUUUUCGUUCAAUAUUGCAUUUAAAAGAAGUGAUUGAAAAUUAUAACUCAAAAUGUUUUUAGCGCUGGAUCUUAAUUAAUCCUAAUUAAUCAAUAAAAUUUUCAGACCCAUCUCUGUGUAAUGUGCAAAUUGUGAAAAAAUAAGUAAGCUUAUUCUAAUGUUGCCUUUUGAUUUAUCAUAGUACCUAUAUUGCUGAAGUGCUUCAUUCCACUUUUUUUUUAAAAAAAAAAGAAUAAAAAGAAAGGGGGAACUGUAAUUCUUUUGUAUGUUUUAUGUGUGAGUGAUUACACAUUGGAUGUGACUACCAAACUCAGUGAGAUGAUAUGGUAGAAUAAAUUUGUUGACACUUCCAAAGUAAUUGUUUGUCUCAUCUAAAAAAUUUUAUGAAUGAAUGAUUAUGCCUUUAAGCAGUAUUGAGUAAUAAAAGUAUGAGUACAAUUCCUAA